AUGAGAGGAGUGUAUAAAAGUGGGAGACGGUCUGCACCAGAUCAGCCCUGGUCAAAAAUGGCCAAGCUCACUUUGCUUACCGGUCUGGCCCUCCUGCUGAACGCCCAGAUAGGCACUGCCUAUGUGCUGUCAUGUUACUUCACCAACUGGGCCCAGUAUAGGCCUGGCCUGGGAAAAUUCACGCCAGACAACAUCGACCCGUGCCUGUGCGACCAUCUGAUCUACGCCUUUGCUGGGAUGUCCAACAAUGAGAUCACAACUUACGAAUGGAACGAUGAGACCCUUUACAAGACCUUCAACGGCUUGAAGAACCAGAAUGGAAAACUAAAGACCCUCCUGGCAAUUGGAGGAUGGAAUUUCGGCACAGCCAAGUUCUCCACAAUGGUUUCCACUCCCGAGAACCGCCAGACCUUCAUCAAGUCUGUCAUCAAAUUCCUGCGCCAGUAUCAAUUUGAUGGGCUGGACCUUGACUGGGAAUACCCUGGGUCCAGGGGCAGCCCAGCCCAGGACAAGGCUCUCUUUACCGUCCUGGUUAAGGAAAUGCUGGCAGCCUUUGAGCAGGAAGCCAAACAGGUCAACAAGCCCCGUCUCAUGGUCACCGCGGCUGUUGCUGCAGGACUUUCCAACAUUCAGGCUGGCUACGAGAUUCCUGAGCUUGGAAAGUACUUGGACUACAUCCAUGUGAUGACUUAUGACUUCUACAGCUCUGGGGAUGGACACACAGGGGAGAACAGCCCUCUGUACAAUGGCGGUAACAGCUACCUCAGUGUUGAUUAUGCUAUGAAUUAUUGGAAGAACAAUGGUGCCCCAGCUGAAAAGCUCCUUGUUGGAUUCCCAACCUAUGGACAUAACUUCAACCUCCAAAACCCAUCUGACACUGCUGUUGGGGCACCAACAUCAGGACCUGGGCCAGCUGGACCUUACACAAAGCAGGCUGGAUUCUUGGCUUACUACGAGAUCUGCACGUUCCUGGACUCUGGAGCCACUCAGGCUUGGGAUGCCCCCCAAGACGUGCCCUACGCUUACAAAGGCAAUGAAUGGGUUGGCUACGACAACAUCAAGAGCUUCAACAUCAAGGUUGACUGGCUGAAGAAAAACAAUUUUGGAGGUGCUAUGGUUUGGACCAUUGAUCUGGAUGACUUCACUGGCACUUUCUGCAAGCAGGGCAAAUAUCCCCUGAUCACCACCCUGAAGAACAGUCUCGGCCUGCAAAAUGGUGGCUGCUAGACCUAUAAACAGUCCAGUCGUCAAUUCCCUGUAGCUCUUAAACACGGAAUCUGAAGUGCGAGCAUGAGCUGAGAAACAAUUCAGGUGACUGUGGUGUGAGUUGUUUGUGUGCUGGCAAAGCCAUCCAGACUCAACAAAGAAGAGCAGCUUUUACCAACAUUUGAACAUCAAAACUUGUUUCAGAAUUACCAUGACAAUCUUGUCUAUAAUAGCAGUUGCUCCUGAUGCAACUGCUCAUGAAGAUACCAAUCCUAUUACAGCAAACAGACCCCUCUGAUCUUAUUGCAUGGAAUAAUAAUGAUGAAAUAAAG